ACAUAUUGCCAUUGUACACUCGCUAAAUUUAUUCUAAAAAUCGAAAUUUCAAGUUAAUGAAUUCUUUAUAAUUUACUACAAUGGGAAAAUCUGGAGGUGGGCCUACAACGCGCAAACCAUACGAAGAAAUUGGUGCAAUAUUUAAUGGCAAUGAGGUUAAAAUUCGUGUACCCAAGAGCACAUCGAAACCACCAAAGCUGACGGCAUCUCAAUUGAAAUUGCAAAACCAGUGUACGUGCGAAGACGAUGCGUCUGUUUGUUCGGAGACGUGUGGUCUCCCGGGGGAGGGGGGCGCUGGGGGCAAUAGGCUUAAUUUCCAGAUUCCCGAUGACAUAUGCGAAGCAAUGACCAACAGGACCGCUCUGAACUCCGAAGUGGUGUACAGUAAAGCGGAGGCCCAUGGGAACCUCUGCAACGUAUGCAAUGUGACGCCUCAAGACGCCCCCAAAGGCGUGCAAGCGCAAAAAGUUCUACACCCAGAUAAAGAUGUAUUUAUUCUGAAGAUUGGCAAACAAACUGAUGAGCCGAAUCGUACGGGGAAUAUUGAGGUAGAGCUGGUCACACCCCGGGCACCAGCUAAAGCCCAGCCAGCGACGCACUCCUGCAAGCAGAUCCAAUGUGAGGAUCAAGAUCUGGCCUGCUGCGCGCCAUGUAGGACCUGUCGGGGCGUGGUGCCGAAGAAACGAAAGGGCAGGCGCCCGCCCAAAUGUUGCUUCUAGUAUUUGUUACUUAAAAUGCAAUAAAAAGCGAAAUUUUGUUUUAUCG